GUCUCGGUGGUUCAGCAUUACUCCCAUGGCCUGGGGUGUAUUUAUAAGGGCGCAGGCGGUGCAGAAUCACCGGCACAAGUCUUACGUUCAUCCACCAAGCAACCAAGGAUCCCAAGGAAAUACAUUGAAAAUGAUGUCCAUACACCGGUUGAACGUCCUCUUGGCUAUGGUGCUCGUCAUCGCGAUAGUCCUUCCACAAAUGGCGAACGGACAGUCAGACGUCUAUCAGUAUGGCCAAAAGAGAACGUCCAUCACUACGAAGUACUGCGGCAAGCAUCUUUCAAAUGCCCUGCAGUUGCUCUGCAAUGGUGUCUAUAACUCCAUGUUCAAGAAGAGCGGCCAAGAAAUGGAAAUGGAUGACUAUCCCUACAAUUACGACGAGGCCUAUCCCCUGAGAUCACGUGCCAGUACCAACGCCAUGAUGGGACGUUUUGCUGGAGUCCGUUUCCGGCGACAGUCCAGGGGAGUCCACGAUGAGUGCUGCGUCAAGUCUUGCUCCGUGAGCGAAUUGACCAGCUACUGCGGCCGCUAAGAUGGAAACACGAAACUCGCCAGUCCUGUCCGUCCUUGCUUGGGAUUUCGUUUAGAAUCUCACGGAAGUAUUUGGAUUUCCGGUCUUGUCAUCUCAUGCUCCACGGGGAAUCCCCCAUUAGAAGGGAUGCACGGACACGGACCAACAUGACGGCAAGAGACGGCAAAGAAUUCGAUCCUGUGAGAAACCGAAAACAAAAGACGCAAUUGCUCUACUUCUUUCUAAUAAUAACUCCCUAUCUUCUAUCUUCCAACCUGAAAUUCAUGACCCUCCCUCCCUCCGCCUAAUUUAUUCAUUGGUAUCAUCAUUUAUAUAUUCGUUUUUAUCAUCUCUCACUAAAAGUCAUCCUUAAACUUAUAAUUCUUUCUUCGCGCCUUAUCAUGUUGUUAUUCUUUUUUUUCUUUUUCAUUGUUUUACCUUAGUUUUUUUAUUUUACUUUAUUCUAUCUCUCUGUUCUUGUCUGUAUAUGAAAUAAAGAACGAAAGAUAAAGACAUUCCAUGCCUUCUCCACGACACUGUAGUACUACUUUAUUAUGAUAUAGAUGAUAUGUGAUUUAUAUAAGAUUAUGUAUUGUAUUUCAAUUUAGAAAUAAAACAGUUGUUCCUGAGA